AUGGCUUCCCUCCAGUUCCCCGAGCCUGCCGGCACCAUCCGCGCAUCAGCAACAGCUUCCGCAUCUGGAUUUGCCGCUUCAUCAACAAGACUUCGUCUUGUUCGAUCAGCCGAUCAAGCAACACCUCAACCUCUUUUUCCGCUGCAGGCCUCUACGUCGCCGUCUCUGCAGAACCAGCGAGUUGCAAACACCAUCCAGGCCACAGGGCACCAAAUAUCUUCUUCGGCUUUCACCAAUCGGUUUAGCUCCCGUGCGCAGAACCCUCUCAGUCAACAGUUCUACGCUACAUCUGCACCAUCUUCGUCUGCUGCUUUGAGCUUGCAAAAGCAGAACGUGCCUGCCCGACCGCCGGUUCCUCUUUUUCAACAGAGCGCUGGUAACGUAACCCAAGGCAAGAUGAAUAUCGAAGGCCUGGACUUGGACGACUUCACCGCUUUUGAAGGUGGAGCUUCCACCACGGCGUAUUCUUCGCCCGCUCUUCCGACCGGGUUUGACCUCGGCGGGAGUGUGUCGAGUUCAACGACCAACAUGGGCACUGUUUCCCCGCAGGACCUUUUGGUCCACGACCCGUUCAUGUCGGCGCCGAACUCGACUGCUCUGACCGCUCUUACUUCGCCGUCCAUCUAUAACGAGUCGCCCGAUUUUGGCGACAAUUAUGAUGUCUCGCCAAAUUUCUCAGGCGGCGAUUUCGAGGGUGGCAUGGGUGGUGCUUGGUUCCCACUCUUCCCACCGACCGAUCCCGAACCCAAGUCGGCGCAGAAGCCCGCCAACCCAGACAGCUCGCCCGCUUCCAACUCGGAUGAUCUCGAGGUGGUUGAGUCCACAUCAGGCAGCCAUCGCCGCAAGUCUUCGGCUAACUCUCCUGGGUCUGGUCGCCACUCCUCUGUCGCCGGUGUAAGUUCCCGCCGGCGUGAUAAGCCCCUCCCUCCCAUCAUCGUCGACGAUCCGACAGAUGUCGUCGCCAUGAAGCGCGCCCGCAACACGCUCGCUGCUCGCAAGUCUCGCGAGCGGAAGGCCCAGCGCUUGGAGGAGCUAGAGGAAAAGAUCGCCAAGCUUACAGCCGAGCGUGACCACUGGAAGAACAUGGCAUUGGCCCAUGGUGCAAAGGAGUAAAUCAUUGGCAACUUUGGCUUCGUCGGAUGACAUAGUAUCCCUCAGUGUUUUGUCUCAACGCCGAGGAGGGGUUUUAGUCCCGUUCUUUUUUUCCAUAUAAUCCUGUACCAUGUUAUUUGUUUAGUUCCCUCUGCCUGCAUCCUUGAUGCGUUCUGGUUGGGGAUUGGCGUGUACUUUUCCAUCAGUGUCUCUUAGGACUGGAAUUAUCACAUUUCCUGCUUUGAACUCUUUCGACGUAGUCAUCAAGACAUUGGGUUCAAUACGUGACUAGUCGGCAAUGUUUUGGAAUGUGACCCGCGACCCUCUUUGACCAUGGGUUGAAGUCAACGCCCUCUCAAGGGACAUGUUGAUUGCCACACUGAGCUAUAGAUGCUCGCUCAAACAGAGUGUGUACAUGCCACGCAUUUCUUUGAAGCGCCCAUGC